AUGGCCCCGACAUAUAGAGGAUUUGCGGACGGCGAUGAACGCCCGCAGCAGACACUCGUGCCCAGUUUCAAAAGAAAGCGAGCACGAAGUGGCAAGGAUCGAGCUACCUGGGCUUACAAUCAUAUCCUCCAGUUGGAACGGCAGAAACUGUUUAGCAAACCAGAAGUAGAGCGAAUGCAACUGGAAAGAUUUUUAGAACAUCCCGAAGUCAAUCAGCUGGACGAUGGCUCUGUGCCAUUUCGCUUCUUGUAUCUAACGAUCGGCAGCUCGCAAACCCUCAUGGACUUCAGCGACCAGUUACGAGUCGCUAGGGAUACACAAAAUAGGCUAGGGGUGCCCUUAUGCUCCCCUUCAAGUAUCUCAGAAACAUUCAACACGAUAUGUCGCCUUGAUACUACAGAAGCCACCUGCAUACUCCUGAAACGCUAUUACGCCAUCAAGCUCUUAGAGGAAGAGGAAGAGGAAGAAUACCACGGUCUAAACAGCGAAGACAUACCUGUCGAGACUCCGGAGACGAUGAGCAAAGAAGGUACAACUCAAGUGGGAAAUCCUACAGUGAUCCGAGAUGCUGCACUGAUAGACAGGCAAACAUCCAAGAUCAGGCCGGACGCGCAACCAGGAUCAAGAGAAUUCCUCAUCAUCCGCCGAAAGGUCAAGCGAAUUCGCCAGCUCGCAAAACGCUUGCGAGGGUUGACCAACCUUUACGGUAUAGGCAUACUUGCUCUCCUUCCAUCUGGGUCAUCGUUCUCAGGCUUCUCUGUGACCGACGCUAUGUGGGUAAACUAUAGCCUAACGCUCUCUAACAAUCGUGCUGAUGCGGUCAGGUUGCUAGCCAUGAGCGAGCAACGUUUUGGUCUGUUCAUCCGGUUACUGCAUCGGGAGCAGGGUCAACUUCUAAAAGGGCUGAGUGAAGCUGUCGCACCAGCUCUGACGACGCUAGCGACGUUUGGUCUUGGACAUCAGAUAAAGUUUGACUUUGAGAAAGUGGACUUGGUGAGGCUCGGCGAUGUCCCGAAGGCUGCACUUGCCGUGUUGAUUGUUUCUCCGUAG